AUGGAUUGUUUCCUGCUGUGUCAUGUGCGAGGGGGAAGCUCUGAAGCAUUUUGUUUGGUCACGAAGGAGACGUUGUCGAAUCCCUCCGAGCGGAGCCUGUAUGACAGAAGCCUGGAGGGCGAUGCCAACUACAAAACCGGAGGUUCAAGUAACAGCAGAUGCAAGCGGCGUCCGACGAGCGAAGCUGGCCACAACGAAUCUGGGGCAGGAAGAGGAACCAAAGUGCCAGAGGAGAGUCUGACAACCCUUCACGAAGUACUGCGAGAAAUGGACAAGCCAAUGCGUGACCAAGAGAUUUCCAAGAUGCAUGAAGGUGUUCGGACUGCUUUGCUCAAGUUCAUGGAGGAGAGGCGAUCCCUGGAGAAGCCAGUGCAUCGUGAACCGGUGUACGCUGUUGGUUCAAGCUGCAUGCGACUUCGAAGCUUUCGAGACUCAAUUGGUCGCGAGAAGUUCAGCGUCCAAUUAGAUGUCGACUGCUUGAGGGCAUACACCCGUCAGGUGCCGCUGGAGACUGCCAUCGAACAUCAACUGGUGCUGUCUGACUUGAGAGACCAUCUGCUGGAGGCUGAAGCAUCGUUCUGGAAACCGCCCUUCAAGAUCUGCCAAGUUUUCCAAGCCGUACUCUCAUCUCACACCACUACAGUUUGCACGCUUGGCCUCAGCAUCUUCGUUCAGAUGCGAGCAUCGGAAUGGAUUCCGAAUGCUUACUCUCUCACGUCGCCAGUGAUGGGGUUCGAUGAGACGGUGGCGCUUCGCCACCGAUUGAUAACUGCAAGGGCUACUUCUUGGGCGAUGUUGCGUCAAGCGUGGGUUGCUCUCUUGCAGGCGAGAAAGCACAGCAUGACGGCAGGGGAUGCAUCAGUUUAUGUCGACAAGGCACGGGAGGAGCUUUUACGAAGGCGCCUUGUCCAGGCCACAACAUGCGUGGAGCUGACCCAAAAGCAGGACAUCCGCCUCAAACGAUACAGCGUUCGGUGUGAAGGGCGCUGGCGUGUGCGAUCGGCACCGUCGCUGAGCUCCAAGGUAAUAGGCACAAUCGCGCAUGGCACGGUUGUGCUCGGCGAGGAUUGUGCUGGGGAGAUACUUGCACAGGGGAUGUCCGGCACGAUGCCGGUUCCAUCAUUCCAACAGGACAUGAGUAUGCCCUCCAGCAUUCUGCAGGAGGCUUUGGACAGCAUCACGGCUUUGUGGGUCAAAGUCACACGAUUUGAGGCUCAGGAGCCUAUGGGAGUUUCCGAGAUCAAGCGUGAUUCGGCAACAGGCGGUGGAAUCUAUUGUUUGCGACGCAAUGCUAUGGGCUACGGGUUGUACCAGUCAAGCGCUGAACCUCGAGAUGGUCCUCUUAUCCUCUUGCCAGAGCACCUGGGACUCGAGCUACGCCUUGAUGCCCAGCGUGCAGCCUCAGAUCGAACGGAGGAUGUCUCAUUGACAUGGAAACUGCUCGGCGCGGCAGAAACCGUUGGGCGCUUCUUUUCGUCGGCGGAGGAUGAGGUCGGGAUGAAGGAAGACAUGCAGGCCGUGUCAGCGUCCUUGCGAAGACCGGAGGACUUGUUUGAGGUGAAGCAGCGCGAGCAACUGAAAAAGGCAGUGGCUGCGCUGCGAGUUCCCCUUGCCGAGCUUCUUGCAAAGGCCAACGGCGAGGGACGCGCAGCUGAUCUCCUCGCUGGCUUGCCAAAAGAUGUGUCAAG